UUCACACAUGUUUUAGACGCUUUUCACUGACAGCUGCAACUCAACCAGUUAGACCUACUGCCACACAGUGGCUACCCAAAUCGGGGCUUCCUWAACACAUUUCUGAAUUGAAACAAUCCACAGCAACAAAAAAGAYGCUCAUGCUCUCCGGUGAAGUAUUUUAAAUUAUUUUAUUUAGACAGGAAUAAUUAUAUAAUUUUGACGUAUCAAUUUACGAUCCAGCAUCAUUUCCAAUUUGCAUGAGGCUGAAACCAGAGUUCAGUAUAUAUGCUCAAGUUUCCGCCCUAACAUUGUGAAUCUUUGUUCCGAAGGCGGGCAUAUUCGAAUUGGGUUUAUUCAAGACAGAUUUUGGCGUCUCCGCGCUGAAACUAUACCACCAUAGAAAACAGCCGAUCGAGCGAAACACCUCCUACAGAUUUUGGCGUCUCCGCGCUGAUAUGAUAUUUCGUCCAGACAGUCUACAAAUACUGAAACAAACAAACCGAUUGCGCACAAUCACGGCCGGUUGUGAACCAGGGUGUCUGUGGGGACGCCUCCAGCACUGAGACGCAGUGCCUUAACCCGCUGCGCCACUCGGGAGCCAGAGUCUUCUCUUAACAAAAUGGGUCACUAUUCUGAUAAUUGCUCUCAUGACUUGGAUACAUUUUGGGAUGAGUUGAGAAACAAAUGUGUGCCAUGUCAUCAACAGCAUCCGAUCCGACCAGGGUACGAAUUUAGUCCAAACUGUGGCAGGCAUGAUGAUGGGGGGAAGUCGGAAGGACCGUAUCGACGUUGUGCCGGCCAGACCUUCAAUAAUGGGAGUUUCGUGACCUGCAAUCCCUGUUCUAGCUGCUCCCCAGAUGAUCAAAAGCUGRCCGAAUGCAARACAACGACAGACACUCAAUGCUGCYGAUSGAGGGACCAGACAGGCUGUUGGAAYGAAGCCCUGGGUACUACGACUCAACAGGUGCAACGGUCAACAACGUUAAGGGUCCAAAUGUCAACAUCAAAUCCCACAGCCAAACACAUUGGUACGACAUUCCAUGGUGAUUUUGCAACUAACCAUGUCAACCAUCAGACUGCAUGGAUAGUGCUUACAGUCAUCUUGGUUCUCUCUGUACUUGCAUUUCUCUUAUUCAUCUAUAUUAAGAAGAGAAGGAGAAGCUCAAGAGCCUUUUGCUUCAGAGACAAUAUCCUGUAUACCAACCAACAGUCACGGAGCAGUAGGAGAACAGCAGCUGUCAAUGAAGAGUUUGCUCUCCUACAGUCAGAGACAAGGAGCCUAGAGGACAUUUUGAGUCCUGACAUCCAGUCGGCGCCGCUGCAGACGGUUCUGGACAACCUGGACGUUCUAGAGGAGCUUGUGAUCCUGCUAGACCCGGAGAUCCCUGGGGUGAAGAACACCAGGCACCUAGCAUCUCGCUGCUCCUUCCCCGCCACCUGGAUUACCUACACCUACUCCCUGAGGGACAGCAAGAGCCCCCUGAGGGCCGUGCUGGAGGGGYUCACCACCAAGCACCCAGACUGGACUGUAGGACAAUUGGCCAGGCUGCUGAGAGAGAUGGACCGGAACGACGCAGUGGCGGUGCUCACCAAGCUCGCCUUGCUUAAGGUUGUCUAGUCCGGGUGUGUUUUGUGUUGGGCCCGGAAAAGAUGGCUCCAUCCAGAUACAACCACGAGUCUCCACCACCUGCCAAGGCACUGAGAUAUAACAAGAGGGCCAGUAGGAGGCAUGCUUUCCUUGGGGACCCCAAAGUCCCAAGGCAGUGAUUGGCAACACUGUUCUUUUGCAUUAGGGUUCAAAUAAGAUAUUUAACUGUGAUAACAUGGCACUUAUUACUUAAAGCAGAGAUGUUAACCCCGGUGUCCUGAAAACGAAGAGCUGCACACUCUAGUAGCUCAGAUGCAAUAAUGUCAUAACCUAAUAACCAACGUUUCGACAGACAAGCUGUCUUCAUCAGGGUAUAAUGACAAACACGGUGGGGUGAUUAGUUUAUAUAGCGUCAAAGGUGUGGCUUGACGCCAUGACCGGGUGUGGCUUGAUAUCAUUGGCUCCUUUUCAGAUAUACAGUGGGGCAAAAAAGUAUUUAGUCAGCCACCAAUUGUGCAAGUUCUCCCACUUAAAAAGAUG